AUGCAGCUCUGGGUCUCUCCCUCACUUUUUCUGCUUCUCAUCCUCUGCCAAGAGCUUCAAUCAGAAUUAAGACCAGGCAAACCUGUCACCAGAAAUGUAUGCAAACUUCCUAUGGAAAUCGGACUUUGUCGAGGCUUUGUCCUGCGAUGGUUUUACAACUGGAAAACUUACGAAUGUGAGCUUUUUUCCUACGGAGGCUGCAAUGGCAAUGACAACAACUUUAUGGAUAAAGAAGUGUGUGAGAAAGCUUGCAAGGACACCUGA